GUAGUAACAAUCACCAUGGCACAAUACAAAUUUGAAGGAGAUAUUUCAAAUUUAAACGAACACCACUUGGCUUUCAUGAGUAAAGUAAUUUCUCAGCAAGGUAUAGAAGUUAAAAAAGUGACUAUUCAUCCAGUUGGUGAAGCAGGUGACAAUUACGUGGCAAAUGUGAAAAGAAUACACAUAGAAGGUGCAAAUAGAAGCAUGAAGAUGAUUGUGAAGAUAGCACCAACAAACGAAGUGAUCCGAAAAUCAAUGCAAAUUGAUGCUGCAUUCAAUCGGGAGCAAAUUAUGUACACAGAAGUAUUACCUAAGUUCGUAGCACUGCAGAAAGCAGCAGGAAUACCAGAAGAAGAAUAUCUAAGAUACGCAAAAUGUUACGGAUCUUUGAACGAAGCACCAAAUGAAGUGAUAAUGUUAGAAGAUCUAAGUGAAUCAGACUUUGUGAUGUUGGACAAACACACAUCCUUAACUGACGAAUGUGUAAAAAGUAUUUUACAAAACUUCGCUAACCUUCAUUCCCUUUCAUUCGUUUUAAAGAAAAAAGAACCAGAUACUUUUGAUUACUUUAAAAGUAAGUUAACAAGUCUGUGGCCCCUUGUGGCUGAAACUCCAGAAUUUGCUGCACAUGUCGAGUAUAUUGAAGGAGCAGUACUAUCUGUGCUUGAUGAUGAAGUUUAUAGAAGUGUAGUCAGAAAUAAAAUACCAGAUAUGUUUAAAUCUAUGUUGAAAGUGUCGAAAGGAGAUGUGGGCAAACAUGGAGUGAUUAUUCAAGCCGACGCCUGGACAAACAAUGUCAUGUUUAAAUAUGUGGGAGACACAUUGGUUCAAUCAAUCAUGAUUGACUACCAAUUAUCAUAUCACCAAAGUCCUGCAAUGGACAUUCUUUACAUGAUCUUCAACUGUACCGACCAUGAGGCUAGGUCCAAGAACUUCUACGACUGGAUAGACUUUUACCAUUCAGAGUUAGACAAGAACUUGUCAAAUUUUGGCUUGAAAGCUAAUUUAGUUUAUCCAAGGGACCAAUUGGACGCAGAUUUGAAAAGAUUUACUAAGCCAAUACUCGGUUUGUCACUGCUAUUGUGCACUCUAUUAAUGAGAGAUGCUAAAGAAGCCAGUGUUGUAAAGGAAAAUAUGAAUUCUGGUGGAUUUUUGGAUGCUGUUAAAUCAAUGGGCGAACAGGAAUUGCAGAAAGAAAGCUUAGCUCGUGGCAAAAAGAGAAUGGAAGAUUUAAUUGAUAGUUGCCUUAAAUUUGGUUUAUUAUAAAAGACUGACUGACUUCAUUAUUCAUAU